AUACUUUCUCCUUAUCAAACAACGACGUCGCUUGCACCGAACAGGGGAGGGAGCCUUCAGCUUUCAACCUGUCAGCGCUAUUGCAUUGUGGCGCUGUGAAAAAUCGAUAUCUCCGAGGGAAAGGAAAAAUGAAAAUAAAACCAUACUGUCAUCCUUAAACAAACGUUUCCAAACAGCUUUCACGCGAGGCACGCAAACGGAGGCGAACCGAGUGGAUAUCGAGCUGGCAAAAGCGGGACCCCGGACACCCAGGCACAGCACACGUUACAAUGUUAAAGUCCGAGUUUCAGCACCAAUUUUGGGUGACAAAAAAGGCUGUACAAAGGAAGUUAGGCACCAAAGAGGAUGAAAACAUUGUCGCCUCCGACGGGGAGCUGGAUUCGAAGAUAGAGCUCUUCCGGUCGGUGGCCGACAGCUGCAGCAAGCUGUACCGCAUUAUCGACCAGUACCAGGAGCGGGUGUGCAUACUGGCGCAGGAGGAAAACUCGCUCGGCAAGUUUUUGCGCGAGGUAAGCAAGGAAAGCCCCACCACCGGCAAGAUGAUGUCCACCACCGGGAAGGCGAUCUCGUACUGUGGCCAGCAGCGGAUCGCGAUACGAGUGCCGCUGUUGCGCCUCCACCACGACGUGCACACGUUCAAGGGGCGUGCGAUUGCGGACACGCACCACACGAUACAGCAGAUGGAGCGGGAGCGUACCGAGUAUCGGGCGGCGCUCAGCUGGAUGAAGUCGGUCAGCGCCCAGCUCGAUCCCGACACCGGCCGGGGGUUGGAAAAGUUCCGCAAAGCGCAGCGCCACGUGAAGUCGGCCAAGACCAAGUUCGACAAGUACACGCUGGACUGUUUGGAGAAGAUUGACCUGUUGGCCGCCGCCCGGUGCAAUAUGUUCUCGCACGCCCUCGUCGGAUACCAGAAUGCCAUCCUGCAGUUCGCCAAGAAGACGGACGAAACGUACAAGAACACGCUGAAGAGUUUGGCGAAAGACCCACACUAUAGCUUCUCCAUACUGAAGGAAUUGACGCAGGCCAACCCGAACGAGGACGAGAAAGAGGGCGCCCCAGGGGAGCCGGUCGAGUGCCGUUCCGACGACAACAAACCCGCCGACGACGAUCAGAUGCUUUUCUUCAAGGACGACUAUAAGGACGAUGUGGGUAGCUUAAAGGGCAUUACGGAGCCACCGACCGGCAAAGAAAACGUCCUGAAAGACGUAGCACUAGAAAUAGACGCCCUUCUGUCGGGCGUCCCCGAGCUUAGUCCGAGCGGCUCCGCUGCCACAAAACCAGCGCAGGACGCUGCCGGGGCGGAUCUGCUCGGGCUAAGCUUGGAUGAUGAGUUUUCGGACUUUAUGUCGGCACCGGCACCGUUUUUGCCUUCAGCGCUGCUAACGAACUGCAUACUUACCGACGAUGGUGCGUUCGACUUUUCCGCCAGUCUGCCGCCGGACCACGGCGAUCCACUGCAGGCACUGCAGGCUAGCGAUGCUGAGCAGCCGACAGCGAACAGGCAAUCGUCCGAAAAGGCAACGGAUAUCUUUAGCAGUUUGUUGCAAUCGUUCUCGAAGCAAGGUAGUACCACCACGGCAGGGAAUAGUUCCGAUGCUAGUGCCGGUACCACGAAACAGGGUAAGCCGACUAGUGGCAGCAGCAGCAAGACGACCGGCAAAGAUCUCAGCGGAUGGUAUCAGCUGUUUGCCGAACUGGAUCCACUCUCCAAUCCGGAUGCGAUCCCGUCGAAAACGGAUGCACCAAACAACAGCAUGGCUGCUUGAGAGCCAGGCUUGGUGCGAAUUAAUUUCCACGCGCUUAAUUUCACUACUUGAAGUCUAUCCGUUCACUAUCUGUUUUGAAGUUGUUUUGCUUGCGUGUCGUUAUCGUGAUGGGAGUGAGUGUACCCCUUCCGUUCGGUGUUUUCGGUCGUGCAUUUUUUGGAUUACUACUACCACUGUGUACUUUGUACUCUGAAGGAUAAAUAAAAAAAAAGCCACA